CAUGGAUCGCAUGUGAAUGUCACACUAUAGUACUAGAAGCAGCGCAGCGCUAGUACAAUAGUGCAGCGAAAUGUGUUAUUUAUUCUGUGAUUUUUCAAGUUCGAACACGCGAUAUCAGAACCUACAGAAGUAAACAGUAGUAAGGUUAAUUGAGAAUUGAAGAUGGCAGGCUUCGGACGCGGAGGGAGAGGGGCCGCUCUCCUGAAGCUCCUGGAGGAGCCACAAAGGAGACCAGGAGAUGCCGAGAAGGUCGAGAUUAAACCAGCUAGUAGGACCGAUGUCCCAACUCCCGGUGCCCCUAAACCGGCAUUUGGGAGAGGUUUACAGAGACAACAAAUCGAGGAGGAAGCUAAAAAAGUUCCAGGGGUACAAACAAGUGCGCCACCACAGAAGGCACCCGUGCCAUUUGGACGCGGGAUUUCAAGUAUGCCGAUUGGUCGAGGGUUUUCUUCCCAGCAGCCCCUGUCCCAGACGGCCUCCCCUCGUCAGACCCCUUCCCCACUUCAGAAACCCCCCUCACCUGCGCGGAAAACCCCCUCACCGCCGCAGGCAUCCCCCUCGCCGACAGGCAGGGGCAUGAUGACUUCCGCCGCAUCUUCAGCCGUGUCCAGCCCAGCUCCUACCCCGACGCCCUCCGUGGGUCCUGGUGGGGACAGGUUUGCCACGCUGGAUGAGAAGAUGGGCCAGAUGUCUCUCCAAGGGAAAGAAAUUCAUGGCACUUCUGGUAGAGAGGCUCGUGCAGCAAGCAACUACAUUCCAAUCCGUUGUUUGAACAAGGCAGUCUGGCAAUAUGCGGUAUCCUUUUCACCGGAGCUCGAUAGCAAGAAGAUGAAACUCCGGAUGGUCUUCGAUCAUUCCGAUGUGAUUGGAGACGUCAGAGCUUUUGAUGGAGCCAUUCUCUUCCUGCCUAUUAAACUACCUCAGAAGGUGACGUUGCUGAAAAGUGUUCGUUUGUAUGAUGAGACUGAAAUCACCAUCAAAGUCGAUAUGGUCAAGGAAGUCAAUCCGCUGGAAUGCACACAGAUCUACAACAUCAUCUUUAGGAAGGUUAUGAAAAUACUGGAGAUGAAACAAGUUGGACGCCAUUUCUUUGACCCGACGCGACCUGCAAUAGUACCACAGCAUAAACUGGAGAUUUGGCCUGGGUACAUCACAGCUAUCAGCCAGUAUGAAGGAGGUCUUAUGUUACACGCUGAUGUAGCACAUAAGGUUCUGUGCAAUCAGACAGUACUAGACACCAUGCAAGCUAUCUACUCACGUGUUCCAGAUAAGAACAGGUUUCGAGACGAGUGCACGAGACAGAUCAUCGGGAGUGUGGCACUCACUCGCUACAACAACAAGACGUAUCGCGUCGAUGACAUCGACUGGAAUUCCAACCCCCAAACCACGUUCACGUCACACGGCGAAGAGAUCUCAUUUGUAUAUUAUUACAAGAAGAACUACAAUCUUGACAUCACUGACCUAGGUCAACCCUUACUCAUCAGCAGAAUAAAGAAGAAGCCUCCCCGCGGACAGGCCAGAACAGGGACCCCACUGGAGGAAGAAAUCAGAUUGGUUCCCGAGUUGUGCAGUCGUACGGGACUCACUGACGACAUGAGAGCCGACUUCAGAAUCAUGAAGGAUCUAGCCACGCAUACACGAGUCACACCCAAUCAACGACAUGCUGCCAUGCGCAAGUUCAUCCAAAAUGUGUACUCCAAUCCGAAAGCCUUGGCUGAGCUUCAGGGAUGGGGACUUGAGCUGCAAAAAGACCUCCUUCAGUUAACGGCUCGUCAGUUACCGCUGGAGAAGAUCGUGCUUGGCCGUUCGUCAUUCACGGCAUCCAAAGAAGCUGACUGGGGGCGUGAGGUCACCAGGCAACAAGUCAUCACUGGGGUCCCGCUGAAAAACUGGUUGGUCGUCUUCACACGACGCGAUGCAUCGAAGGCAGCCGAGUUCAUACAGAUGAUGAAGCAAGUGGGGCCUCAGAUGGGCAUCAACGUGGACCAUCCCUCCAUGGUAGAGCUACAGGAUGAUAGGACGCAGAGCUACACCAACAUGGUCAAGAAAUCAAUCAAUCCUCAGCUUCAACUAGUGAUCGCCAUCUUCCCAACAUCCCGAGAUGAUCGUUACAGCGCUUUCAAGAAACUCUGCUGCAUAGAGGCACCCAUCCCCUCUCAGGUGAUCAAUGCGAGGACUAUCUCACAGAAGCAGAAGAUACGAAGCGUCACACAGAAGAUUGCUCUACAAAUCAACUGCAAACUGGGCGGAGAGCUCUGGGCUCUUGAGAUUCCAAUGAAAAGUCUGAUGGUGAUUGGUAUUGAUGUAUAUCACGAUCCCACCAGAGGCAAGAAGUCUAUCGGAGCAUUCGUAGCCAGCAUGAACCAUGACCUAACCCAUUGGUUUUCAAGGGUGUGUUUCCAGUCUCCUCACCAGGAAUUGAUUGCAGGUCUCAAGCUCUGCUUCACGUCGGCACUCAAGAAGUUCCAUGACAUCAACCAUUCAUUGCCUGAGAAGAUUGUUAUCUUCCGAGACGGCGUAGGAGACGGUCAGUUGAACGUGGUAGCAACCUACGAGCAGGAGCAGCUCUCCCAGUGCUUCAGUAUGUUCGGUGAAUCUUACAAGCCUCAGCUAGCUAUCGUCGUCGUCCAGAAGAGAAUCAACACAAGGAUAUUCUCUCUAUUGAAUGGCGGCUACGAUAACCCGUUCCCGGGCAUGGUCGUGGAUCACACCAUCACGCGCCAGAAGUGGUACGACUUCUUCCUCGUCUCCCAGCACGUACGCCAGGGCACAGUCACACCGACGCACUACGUCGUCGUCCAUGAUGGCACCAAGCUCAAGGCAGACCACAUGCAGAGGCUGGCGUACAAGCUGACGCAUCUCUACUACAACUGGCCUGGAACAGUGCGCGUCCCAGCACCAUGUCAGUAUGCACACAAGCUUGCCUACUUGGUUGGACAAAACCUACACAACGAGCCAUCGGUAGAACUGUGCGACAAGCUCUUCUUCCUGUGAAACCGGGGCCAACGCCGACCCUGUGUUCGACAUGACGUCAUUCAGCUCCGUUUGCAUGGAUUCGAUCGCUGUCAGAGGAAAAGAUGGACUCUUUGUUGUGAUGAUGAGAGGAGAUUUGAAAGGGACUCUUCCAUUCCAAGUGCCAAAGACUUAGUGUAGAUAAUGUUUUAACAAGCCUUGCUUUUAAAUUAUUAUGUUUUUAAAGUGUAAGAUGUGCUGUAAAUUGGAGAGAGAGAGAGAGAGAGAGUGAAUGAGACCGGAGCGAGAGAGACACAGACAGUGACAGAGAGAGAGAGAGAGAGAGGUUGUACAUGGGGAAGGGCACGAUAUAUAGGUUCGCAAAUGUUGAUUUUAUUCACAUCUACUAGUUUGUAUGUUCCGUUUUGGGGUUAUUUUUUAUCAGGUUCGGGUUAUGGUCAGAUUCAUUUCAAAUGUUACGUUAGCAAAUUUAAUGUUAGGCUUAGGCUCAAAUAUGAAAGGCUCUUUUUUUACAAAGGAAAAUGAUUACUUUCCACGCUAACUUCUAUCAUCUUCACUCAUCACAUUUGGCAAAAAAGGGAACUGAUCCCUUUUCAAUUCUUACAACGUAUUCUUAUAUUUGUUUAAUUCUACAGGGUAUAAUGAUAAAAAUAGGAAAAUAGUCACUGUAUGCUGCAAGGGAAUACUAGUAGGUAUAGUGAGACUUGCCAUGCCACAUUAAUGUGAAACAUGUUUGAUGUAUCAAUGUAACUCUUUCAGAAGAAUCAGAUAUGUUGCCAGAAAGAAACACAUCGCCUGAAAAAGUGAUGCAUGAAUUCCACUGCAGUAAUUUUGGAAUGUUGAAAAUGUUGCAACCCAAACCUUGAUGAAAUUUGACUUCUGUAAGCAAAAUGAACUGAUAAAAAAGUCACAAAUUUUGAAAAUUCUGAGAAAGUUUAAAGAUUGCAGAAACAUUGUCUCAAAUACCUCAACAACCGUGCAGAAAUGAAAUGCAAAUCAUUUCAUACGUGUAUAUUGGAGUGAAAAAUGAUUUUUGUCUCGCCUGAAUAGCAGAGUGAGACUAUAGGUGCUGGCAGCGGCAGCGUCAACAUCAAAUCUUAACCCAAGGUUAAGUUUUUGAAAUGACAACAUAACUUAGAAGUAUAUGGACCUAGUUCAUGAAACUUGGACAUAAGGUCAAUCAAGUAUUACUGAACAUCCUGCCCGAGUUUCAGGUCACAUGACCAAGGUCAAAGGCCAUUCAGCAUCAAUGAACUUUAGACCAUGUUGGGGGAGUCAAUAUCGAAAUCUUAACCCAAGGUUAAGUUUUUGAAAUGUUAUCAUAACUUAAAAAGUAUAUGGACCUAGUUCAUGAAACUUGGCCAUAAGGGUAAUCAAAUAUGACGAACAUCCUGCCUGAGUUUCAAGUCGCAUGACCAAGGUGAAAGGUCAGUUAGGGUCAAUGAACUGAUUCAUAAAAGUUGGACAUAAGAGUAAUCAAGUAUCACUGAACACCCUGUGCAAGUUUCAGGUCACAUGACCAAGGUCAAAGGUCAUUUAAGGUCAAUGAACUUUGGCCAUGGGGGGAUUUGUUGAAUUACCAUCAUAACUCUUAAAUUGUAUUGGUCUAGUUCAUAUAACUGGGACAUAAGAGUAAUCAAGUAUCACUGAACAUCUUGUGCGAGUUUCAGGUCAUAUGACCAAGGUCAAAGGUCAAUGAACUUUGGCCAUGUUGGAGGUAAUUAUUAAAUUGCUGUCAUAAUUUUCAAAGGAUAUAGUUUAUGAAUUGUGGACAUAGGGAUGAUCAAGGUCAAAUGUCAUUUAGGGUCAAUGAACAUAGUAUUGUAUCAUUAUAUGAAUGGUGUUUUUUGCCAUAUUGAAUCAUGUUAUGCAGAUGACAAUGCCAGAGGCGUUCUACUUGUACUAAUUUGACAGGUCAAAUAAUUCAAGGUCGUUAUGCUGGAGGCAUAAUUUUUUUGUUUGUAUUGGCGCCGCUUUUCCAACUGCGGCGGCGUUGUGAACAAUGAAAUCUUAACCAAUGUCAAAGGUCAUUUAAGGUCAACAAACUGACCAUAUUGGGGGUAGUUUUAAAAUGUCGUCAUAAUUUUGGAAGUGUAUGGAUCUAGUUCAUGAAAGUUGGACAUAAGAGUAAUCAAGUAUCACUAAUCGUCUUGCACGAGUUUCAGGUCACUUGAUUGAGGUUAAAGGUCAUUUAGGGUCAAUGAAUGGUGUUUUUUGUGAAUAAUUAUUCAUCUUAGUUGUUUUCAAAGCCGGCACUGCUGCUAUAUUGAAUCGCGUAAUUCAGGCGAGACUGCCAGAGUCAUUCCACUUCGUUUGUAUUGUAUGCUCUCAUUUUGUUCUUGAGAUAAGUUUGAUGAAUCAACUGUAAUUUUAAGGUUUGAGUUGUAUUAAAGAUCAAACUACAGUUAACAUUUAUUAAGUCAGCCUUUCAUGAUAAGUUAAGUAAUCACCUUAAUUUUUUUAGACAGUAUGUAUGUCAAACUUGUGCUUCUUGUUGCUGUGGCCCAAGAAAUCAAGUUAUUCAGAGUCACAUGUAUUUCAUUUUUUUUCUCCAGUAUUAGCUGCUCUCUAUCUCAUGAAUUUAGUUAUAAAUAAGUUUUUCUGAAAUGCCUUUAGUUUGGACAUAAUGGCCCGUAUUCUGAAGUCAGGUUUAACUUAGACCACGGUCUAACUCUGUGCUAAAAUUAUGGGAAGCCAAAAGUGUCAACAUUUUUAUUAUGUCGCAUGUUUCUCAUGUUUACUGUGCUCUUUCCUGAGUCAUCGAUGGUGAAGAAAAUCAUCUCUUUAUACUUCCUAGACAAUUACGAAUGAUUUGAGAGCCAAAUGAGCUGAAAUAUUAUAUCUCUACUGUUAGUGAUUUAUGUAACAAUUGGCUGUCCAUACUUAAACCACAACUUUAAACCUGGGUUUAAGUUAAACCCGACUUCAGAAUACGGGCCAAUAAGUUUAUUUUGGGGGAUUACAUACAUAAAAUUGAAAAAUCUAUCUCACUGGACAAUACUUUGAAAUAUUUGUUGUUAAAUUGAUAUAUGCUACUCUGGGAUGUCCAUGACUUUGUUUAUAGACUAAAGAUGCUUUGGCAAAAUCAUUUCUUGAAAUUUUAAGUUUUGCCCAAGUGGUUUCUAGACUGCUUGUGUCUGAGAUGAAAUGAAUUUGUUCUUUGCCCAGUUAUUUGUUGUUUACUGAAUGUGUGUUUUUUUUCUAACAAGGAUGUGAAAGUUAACAAAAGAAGUUAAAGAGCAAUUUUAAUUUAGAUUUGAAUAAUUUUAGCUUUGAUAUUUGGCAUAUGUUAAUGUGUAAUCAAAAUCUUUUCUCUUUUUAUGUGCCUUUGAAAGUAUUUUCUUGUUUUA